CCGCUUUCAACUUGUCAAUAAUGGCCACUAACCCAUUAGCUGGCCCAUCAGCCCUCAAGGAUAUCGUCCAUCCUCAGUUCCACCAGAACAACUUUUCCGAAGAACUCUAUGUAAAAAAUGAACUUGGUCUCAAGCUCGAUAAAGACGAUCAAAUAUGUCGUCUGUCCUUGACCCCAACUGGUUGUCCAUUGGGUCCACUUCACUGUCCUUUACGUCAUACAACACCCUCUUCACAGAACUUUCAGCCCCCAAAGCAGUUACCCACACAUCCUCGCGAACGAGAACGUUUAGCUACAGUCUGUAAACAUUGGCUACGUGGUUUGUGUAAAAAGGGUGAUGCGUGCGAGUUCUUGCACGAGUACAAUCUCAGGCGGAUGCCAGAGUGUUGGUGGUAUGCAAAGUACGGUUAUUGCUCAGCAGGAGAUGAAUGCCUCUAUGCUCAUCCCAAGGAACGCCGUGUUGAAUGUCCUGAUUACAAACGCGGAUUCUGCAAACUAGGACCAACAUGCCCUCGCAAGCAUGUUCGCCGUGUCGCCUGUCAACUCUACCUAACCGGUUUGUGCCCCCUAGGUCCAGACUGCCCUCGUGGCCAUCCAAAACCUGACUUACCGCCACCUAAAUCAUACGAACCUCCAUCACCGCCUUCAAAUCGUGACCUUGGCCCGCCGCCACCAGGAUAUGGUCGGUAUGCUGAUUUCGAUCGGGGAGCCAUGGGUCCACAGGUGACGUCGCACAGUGGAGGACCGAACGGUGGCGGACCACCUCGUAGAAAUCUCGAUGAAGUGCUGUGUUUCAAGUGCGGAGAAAAGGGUCAUUAUGCCAAUCACUGUAGGAAUCGUAAUGUACCAGGCAAUCGCGGUGGUUUAGAUCGUGCCAAGAGGUUCGGCAUGGAAGACUAGGCACCUAUUGCCUCGUGAAUGUAUUUCGUUGUGCCUUGGAAUGAACCUGUCGUUUCGACACCUUGAGAGAAA